CACUGAAGAAGUGAGGUGUGAAGCUGAGGAAGAUGAACACUGACAUCACUGCGCUAGUGAAGCCGGAGUACCCCGUCAUCGAUCGGAAUCCUCCGUUCACGAAGACGGUGGCGAACUUCAACACUCUCGACUACCUCCGACUCACCACCAUCGCCGGCGUAUCCAUCGUCGUCGGCUAUUUAUCCGGGAUCAAGCCGGGGAUCAGGGGGCCUUCGAUGGUGACCGGGGGUUUGAUAGGGGUGAUGGGGGGGUUCAUGUACGCGUACCAGAAUUCCGCCGGCAGACUCAUGGGGUUCUUCCCCAAUGAAGGAGAGGUUGCCAAGUACAAGAAGUGAUUGUUUCUAGGCGCUUCAAAUUGGCGUUUGUUUAUUCGUGUUUGAAGUUCUGGUAGGAAUCUGCCAUUGGCAGUUGCAGGGGAGGUUUUAGCCUUUGAUGUUAUGAGUUUUGAUUAUAUAUAGUGUGUAUAUAUAUAUAUAUAUCAUGAUUAUGAAGCUGUUCUGAAAUAAAUUAAGAUAUGUCAAAAUUGCUGCUUUAAUGGCUACAAUAUUUGAAUGCUUUGUUUUCAGUUAUGGAUAUGCAAAUUAGGUUUUGGUA